CUCCUUCCUAAAACUGCUCUCUUUUCAUAUUUCCUCUCAAGUUCUCCGUAAAUCCUUUCCGGAUCCUGUACAACUGUGUAAAGAACAUAACACAAGCACAAGCUAAGAAAGGGACAAUGGUUGGGUCCAAGUUCAUGAAUGUAGCAACAAAGCUUUAUGAGGCAACAGGAAUGCAAAGAUGGCUACCCACAAAACCACAAUCUGAAUUCAUGUCCAAAUCCAGACAUGAUCAUGUCGAUGGUGGCUAUAAUAUGCCUAAUGAACCAAUCACAAUCGACCAAAAUUACAUUUCUUGGUUGAAAGAACACCCUUCUGCUCUUACCUCAUUCCAACGAAUGAUCAAUGCAUCAAAGGGGAAACAAAUAGUCGUCUUCUUAGAUUAUGAUGGCACAUUGUCACCCAUCGUCAGUGACCCAGAGCGUGCCUUCAUGACUGAUCAGAUGCGUACAGCUGUUGGCGAUGUAUCGGAUCACUUCCCAACAGCUAUAAUCAGUGGGAGGAGUCGCGAAAAGGUUUUUGAUUUUGUUAAGUUAAAAAAGGUGUACUACUCAGGGAGUCAUGGGAUGGAUACCAUGGGACCCGCUCCCAAGAAUGUGUCUUAUGAUAACAAGUAUCUACAUAAAAUAUCAGAUAACGAGGGGAAUGAUUUCGUCGUCUUCCAACCAGCUCAGGAUUUUCUAUCGACAAUCGAGAAGAUGCUAAUCGAGGUCAAGGAGAGAACACGAAACAUAAAAGGGGUGACUAUUGAGGACAACAGAUUUUGUCUUUCUGUUCACUACCGACAUGUGAAGGAUGAGGAUUACGGAAGAGUGGAGUCGGAAGUGGAGUCGGUGCUUGCGAAGAAUCCAGGGUUCCACGUGACGAAAGGCAACAAGGUGUUGGAAAUCCGGCCGUGUAUCGGCUGGAACAAAGGCGAUGCUCUUAAGUAUCUUCUCGACACUUUGGGCUUUCACAAUUCCACUAGUAGUAAUCAUGUCUUCCCCAUUUACAUCGGAGACGAUACUACAGAUGAGGAUGCUUUCAAGGUUUUGAGGGAAGGAGGUAUUGAAGGGUACCCAAUAAUAGUAUCAUCCACACCAAAAGAGACAAUGGCUUUGCACUCACUUCGUAACCCAUCGGAGGUACAAUCCUUCCUGAUGCGUUUAGGUCGAUGGGGAUUUAACAAUGCCACCACCAACAAUCAUGGCCAUUACCCAACUAGCUAAUUAAUAUAUAUAUAUAUAUAUAUAUAUAUAUAUAUAUAUAUAUAUAUAUAUAUAUAUAUAUAUAUAUAUAUAUAUAAUCAAAGUAUAUAUGCAUAUAUAAGUCCCACCCAAGAGAAAGAAGAUAUGUUAAUGUUAGUGGCUGAAGCACCAGCAGGACACUCUUUUUAUGGUCUUGGCUUGUGUGCUGUUUUUUUUUUCCUUUAUUUAGGUCGUGUUGUUUUUCUAAUGAAUAAUAUGUUAAUCCGCCAACUAUAUAACUACAGCCUUU